AUGAAGCUUAGCGGCAUGGCAAACAUGUUCGGGGAAUUUGUCGCCAUUCAGAAAACCCCUGAUUUCCGGCUCUCCAAAGAACGCGAGAUCCAUCUCAACAACGCUGUCAGGGAGGAGAUGCGCAUUUGGGCGAGGAAAGUAGAAAACGGCCCCCGUCGUCGCUUUUUCUCACUCCGUGAAUUCUCUUCUGGCGCUCCCGGGCAGAAUGAACCAAUUCACGAGGAAGAAGAGAUGCAGGAGACGCAUCCUCGACUCCCGAGGAGAUCCAUCGAAUCUGCA